UGGUGAUGUGAAAGAGUCAUUACUUGGUAAGCGAUCAUCUCUUCGUUUUCGUUCUUUUAGAGAACAAACAAUCUCUAUUUUUUUCAAAUCAGUAAAAUUACAUAUCGUUCCUUAGAAUAGAGAAAAAAGUUCAGCAUUAACCAACUAUGCGUAACUCUUCACGAGAAACAGUGGAUAUAAAAGUAAAAAGCUUUUUCCUUUUUUUGAUAAGGCCAAAACAACAAAUGGUAUUGAGUCUAAAAUGAAAUCUAAAACCUAAUAAACGGCAAAAAACGAUCGUUCUUACGCAGCAUUGCGAAUAAAAUAAAGAAAACAUCUUAGCCUCUUCACAUAACUCCUUUUUGAGAAUGAUUAUGUUGACAAAAUGAGUGAAAGUCCUAUUUCUUUCUAUUUAGAUGCAGUUAAAAUGUUAACGAAAUCAGUGGAUGAUCUUCGUGGUAAAGCUCAGGAUCAAGUUGAUCAUGCACGUAAACAAGGCGAAGAAAUUGUUGAUCAAGCACGAAAGAAAAAAGAUGAUGUUGUUGAUAAAACAAAACAAAAAGUAGAUGAGACCAAAAAGAAAGCUAAAGACUCUGUUUCACUUUAA